AUGGCGGGCGAGGCUUGGGAGCAUCCCAGCGAAGCUCGGGACCAUCCCAACACCACAGCUGAAACCACCCAGGGCAGCGGCACCGGUUCCCACAGCUCCACCUGCACCAAGGUUCUGGAUACACCGCAGCACAGCAUCAACGACAGUCCUAUCCGCUCAGAGGCCGGCGGGCUCCCCUGCCGCCCAGUGAGUAACAGAGCGAAGUACAGGCGGUGCGCGAAGGCUUACCCCGUUUUAGAUGGACGCGUCCCGUCUGCCUACCGGCAGGUGUUUGAAGAAAACGUGAGGAACAGUGAGGCUGUUAUUAAAAGGUAUUCAGAAUUGCUAGAGACGGUCAGUAAAGGAGGGGGAGAAAAUGCCAUCUUGCGUCAUACUCAGAGAAACAAGAAGCUGUUUGUUCGUGAGCGCCUGAAGUUGCUACUUGAUGAUGAGUCUUUCCUUGAGCUGUCUCCGCUGGCAGGCCUCAACCUGCCGUACGGUGACGUCCCUGCUGCCGGGUGCCUUACUGGAAUUGGCAAAAUCUGUGGGGUCUGGUGUGUCUUCGUGGCAAACGAUGCCACUGUGAAAGGAGGAACUAUUUAUCCAAUUGGAGUGAAGAAACAACUGAGAGCUCAAGAAAUAGCCAUGCAGAACAGGCUGUUAUCCGUGUACCUCGUUGACAGCGGGGGAGCGUUCCUGCCGCUGCAGUCAGAGCUGUUUCCUGACAAGUCGCACGGUGGCAGAAUUUUCUACAAUGAAGCAAUCAUGUCUGCCAUGAGAAUCCCUCAGGUGGCAGUGGUGUGCGGCUCCUGUGUGGCUGGAGGUGCCUAUGUUCCCACCAUGGCAGAGGAAGCUGUCAUUAUAGAUAAAAUCGGUACUCUCUUCCUUGGUGGCCCACCUCUGGAAAAAGCUGCUACAGGGGAAUAUGUCUCUCCCGAGGACCUAGGAGGAGCCAGACUUCACUCUGAAGUCAGUGGCUGUAGUGACCAUUUUGCCUCUUCAGAAAAGGAAGCCUAUGAAUGUAUUCGAAAUAUUAUCUCCACGUUAAAUUACGAUCCUCUGCCAGAGGAGGUCGUAGAGCACGACAGUCCUCUCUAUAGUUCUGAUGAGCUCUUGGGGCUGGCACCGCAGGAUUGUAGGUGUACGCUUCCGGUAAAGUUGAUUCUGAGCCGUCUGAUGGAUGGAAGCAGAUUCCAGGAAUUCAAGGCUAAUUAUGGAACAACACUAGUAACAGGAUUUGGCCAUGUGCAAGGGCGCCUGGUGGGGAUAGUGGCUAACAACGGGGAGCUGUCUCAUGAUGCUUCCCUCAAGGGUAGCCAUUUCGUACAGCUGUGCAGCCAGCGGAGCAUUCCCAUCCUCUUUUUCCAGAACACUGCUCCGCAUACAGCAGGGCCAGCAAACAUCUCGCAGGCAGAGGCUCACUCCAACAGAUUAAAAGCCCAGGCCUCCAUGAUGGCUGCUGUUGCUUGUGCUGCUGUUCCCAAAAUAACCAUUGUAAUCGGUGGCUGUUAUGGGAGCGAAAGUUACGUUAUGUGUGGGCGAUCGUUCAGCCCCAACUUCCUGUUCUUGUGGCCUAAUGCAAGAGUUGCUCUUGUGGAUUCAAGGCAUUUCUCCACAGUCCCACAGGCUGGGGACAGUGACUGUGCAGGAGAUGAAUUGGAGCUAAAACAGCUGAAAGAAAAGCUAGAGGAAGAAAGCAGCGCAUUUUACUCCUCUGCCAGACUGUGGGACGAUGGCAUAAUUCUACCUCAGAAUACCAGAAAGGUGAUUGCACAGUGCUUGGAGAUCAUAGAGCAGCAGAAGUACCAGGCCGUGUCUCCGUGUCGGUAUCCCGUCAUCAGAAUGUGA